UGCACGGUACCGCGGGUGCUUUAAUUAGUGUUUAAUUAGAGACGAAAAACAGGGCUCGCCUACUGAAACGCUUAUUGCCAGUAGACUGGCGGACGUUGCAGCCGGUGGAGAUUCAGCGAACGCGCGACGGGGGAGAUGAUGCGGUCGCGAGAGCGACGGCACAACGGGUAGUGGUUAUCUUAGGUGGCUCGGAAAAGGAAGGGUGCAUCGUCGGUGGACGCGUUUCACAUUUCUCGCGCCUUCGCCCGCUCGAAAAAGAAAGAAGACACGCGACCUAGUUGAUAUUGUCGCCGAGGAAAUAUCGCGGAUCACGGUGGUGAUAAUCGUCAGUUCGGUAUAGCGAGCGCAGAACGCUUCUUAUGUUUCUAAGUUGGACGGGAGGGGGUUGGAGCCGGCCCAGCUGAUAAUCGUGGCGUAACCUCGCGAGUGACUCGGUGGUAUCGAUGAAACGAUGACUUAACCGUGCCUCCCCCUCAUAGACGAGCCGGCUCUCGAGUCCGUAGAUCGGUCGGGGAAACGUUGGGUAGAAAAGUGGUGUCUCCGCGACACACGUGUCGCGCGUAAUUUUUCGUGACGAGGAUUUGCGCGGAAUAACGAGAGAACAUGUGGAGUGUAGUGUUGUUGCUCGGACUAACGAAGGCUGCCUCGUACGUCGCUGGGAGCGGUACCACCGUCGACGAGAAAUCGGUUCCGCUGGUGAACAUCAGCGUGGUGGAGGGGAGGCCUGCCGAAUUACCGUGCGACAUAACUCCUCCCGGCGAAGACACACUGCACAUGGUGUUCUGGUUUAAGGACGAGGCCGGAGUACCGCUGUACACGAUCGACGCGCGGGAGAAGCCGGUGACGAAGGCGCAGCACUCGUCGGACUCCGGCGUUUUCGGGCCGCGUGCGUUCUUCCGCACGGCCUUCCCGAGCCCGGCGGUUCUAGUGAUCGACGACAUAAAGCGGCACGACGCGGCCACGUACAGAUGCAGGGUGGACUUCCGGCAGGGUCAGACGCGCAGCUUCCGCUACAACCUGACCGUGAUCGUUCCGCCGGAACAGCCAACCAUUCUGGAUCGAUGGGGUCGCAUCUUGAACGGCACAGCUGGCCCUUAUGAGGAAGGCGAUACACCGUACCUCACGUGUCGCGUCACGGGCGGCAAGCCGCAGCCCAUGGUCAGAUGGCUCAAAAAUGGCGGAGUGAAAGACGAGGAGUACGAAAAUAAUGCCGGGGAUGUGAUCGAGAAUAGAUUAACGUUGCAACCUAUCACCCGGUCCGAUCUCGGCUCGAAUUUUACCUGUCAAGCGCGCAACACGGACUUGGUGGACGCGAAGGAAACGUCGAUUUCUCUGGACCUCAAUCUGAAACCCCUGACUGUGACCAUAAGGAGGCCGGGGAGGAAGGGGAUCGGUAACGAGUCGCUGUUGGCGGGCAAGCGAUACGACAUGGAGUGCGAGACUACCGGUUCAAGGCCGCCCGCGGUGAUAACCUGGUACAAAGGCCGCAGAAGACAGCUGAAGCACACGACGGAGGAAAGAUCGGAAAAUCGAACCGUCAGCACAGUGGAGUUCGAGCCGGGCGUGGAGGAUCAUGGGAAAUCUAUCACCUGCCGAGCGGAGAAUCCAAACGUGACCGGACUCUUCGUCGAGAAGUCCUGGAAGAUCGACGUCGUGUAUCCGCCGAUAGUAUCGUUAAACCUCGGAUCAACCUUAAGCCCGGAAGACAUCAAGGAAGGGGAUGACGUGUACUUUGAGUGUCAUAUUAGAGCCAAUCCACCCUGGUCUAAGCUCAUCUGGAUACACGACAACCAAAUUCUAGCGCACAACACGUCGGCGAGGAUCAUCUGGUCGAAUCAGAGCCUCGUCCUGCAGAGCGUGACAAGAAGCAGCGCCGGUCGUUACGUCUGCGCGGCGACGAACGCGCUCAACGAGACGCGCAGCGAACCGCUGCACUUUCGAGUCAAAUUCGCGCCGGUGUGCAAGGACGACCGAAUCGUGGUGGUCGGUGCAUCGAGGGGCGAAUCGCUCGACAUCGCCUGUAGGGUCGAGGCCGAUCCGCCGGCACACAAUUUCCGCUGGAAAUUCAACAACAGCGGCGAGACUCUGGAGGUAGCACCUGGUAGGUUCUCCAUGGAGAAGUCGAGCGGCGUCAGCGUGCUGAGAUACACGCCGACCACCGAGCUGGAUUACGGUACCCUCUCGUGCUGGGCGGACAAUCUCGUCGGUACUCAGUCGAGACCGUGUCUCUUCCAGCUGGUAGCAGCCGGCAAACCGUUCCCGGUGCGCAACUGCACCCUGGCGAACCAGACGUACACCAGCGUAGAGGUGAAAUGCGUGCCGGGAUACGACGGCGGGCUGCCGCAGAAAUUCGUUCUGGAGGUUUAUCACGGCGACAUCGAUUUCCUCGCCAGCAGCCAGCCCCUCUACAACGUCUCCAACCUGGACGAGCCGAGUUUCGCCCUCGCCGGGCUCGAGGCAUCGGUCGAGGCCGGCGUCCACGUGGCGGUCUACGCGGUCAACGGCAAGGGUCGCAGCCAGCCCGUCAUCCUCAGCGAGGUCACUUAUCGCGACGCCGAGAAGCACACCGGUCAAGACGCCAGCAUCGUGCUGUCGCCUUUGAUAGGCGUGGUGGUCGGCGCUCUCGUGACCCUGGUCCUCAUCAUACUGGUGGUGGUGGUGCGAGUACGUCGGGAGCGCGUGGCGAAGCCGCGGCACGAGAAGCCGGCGGAACUCAGCGAGUUGCCGCCCCAACAAUACCCCUUGCAGAACCCGCAGCAGACCGUGGAGACUGAUCCCGACGUGAUCCCGAACAAGUUCGAGGGUAACCUCGUGGAGGUCAGCCCGCCGAGUUACCCGGGCGGUUAUCCCCCGGAGCACUGGGUCACGCCCGGGCCUACGCCGAGCAUAGACGAGCUCUGCCACAAGUUCGCUGGCAGGCCGACGGAGCUGAGGUUACCAUCGAGAAGCACGAUACCGAGUCUGCCGGGGAUGCCGGUGACGGGGGUGAUGGUGGGCGCCGGACAGGGCGUCGUCAUCGGUGGUGCUCAGGGUGUCGUCGUGGGCGGCGGUCAGGGCGUAGUCGUGGCGGGCGAGUGCCUCGACGGCGAGGCGAUCAAGCGAAGACUGAUGGCGAACAGGCUACCGGAGAGCUGCGUCUAGAGAAGAUCGACUCGUGCCGCGGGUGACGCGCGAUCGUCGCCGUGAACAGUCGCAGCUGAGACCCCGAUGGUGCGACCGUCGCGAGGGACUCUCGAAAGAGAGUACGCGAGAGUCGUCGCGUGUCCGAGAGAGCGACUUUCCACGAGCAUCGCGUUGCCCCUCUGUGUCGGGGUUCUCGAGGUGCCGCCCGCGGCACGAAGCCCGCUGCUGGGAAACGCGGGGGGGAUGUUGGCGGGGAUGGUUUGUAAGCGGCUGGGGAAUCGCUAAGGAGCCGGAUCACGCGUCACCAUCUUCCUUACCGGGGAAGAGCGACUUCGCGCGCGCGGGUCCGGAACGACACGGCGCGAGACUUGUUCGCGCGGGGGCUUCGGCUCGAAGAGUUUCGCGAGAUUAGAGGCGCCGAGCCUCGUCGCGCGAUUGUUUUUCCGAAAUACGAUCGCCGUGCGCCGGUUCUUCUCCUACGGGAGCGCCGGAGGACAGCGGAAGUACGCGGGAGAGAAGCUAGCCGGUAACUUGGCGAAGUUCGCCGCCGAGGCGGCGGCCACCCGGCCAAAUUCCAACAUUCCGUUUUCGGCCAUCGACCCGUCUCUCCUUGCCCCCUUUUUCAGCUUCACACGCGAAUGAUCGCCGACGCCGGUGUCUUCUCGGAUAUCUCCUCGACGAGUUCGCGCUCACCACCUCCUCUUCCUCACCCCCCUCGAGAACGGGAAACCGAAUCGCGAGUUAAGGGAUGCCGCGCGAUUGAACGUCCAAUUUUUAAAAAAGCGCGUCCUCGAGGACGUCCUCGUCUUCUUUCCGCUUUUCGUGAGACCGCCUCACGUGUCGCGCGGACAUCGAACGGUGAAACGUCAAGACCCGUUUGUGUUCUUUCCGGGUGUCCCUUCCCUUUCGAUUCGCUCGGUCUACAUUCGUGUACGGGAGACAUCCGGAAACUCGCGACCGCCACUUCGCGACCAGGAUGCGGCGUAAAUUCCUGUGACUGUCUGUAUCCCUCGCCCUUUCUUUAAUGCUUGUCUCCUCGUGUUUUUUUUUUGCUUUUAUGGGAAGGUAGGACGCGAUCGCUAUUCGCCGGCCGCGCGAACUUAACUCGCGUCCCGCGGAUGUCCCUGAAUAAAUCUGAGUCGUAGCGACGAGGCGUUGGUCCGGAUGCGCCGUGAAACACGGGGGAAAGAUAAAAGGCUCUCGAACGAACCCCUUUUCCGAUGGCUCGAAUGAAGACGAAUGGAGGAACCGCGCGAAAAUACAUACUGGGAAUAAAGGGGGGGGAGGGAGACGAGGUAGGGACGAGAGAGAGAAAGGAGGGGAAAGGAGGCGAGGGAGACGUGGAAUGAAAGGAGGAAAGGGAAUGCUCGAUGCCACUUUGGCGUGUAGUUUGAAGGCGUGAAAUGCGGUUUUAAGGUUGAACGAUCGGCUUCGAUAUCGCGAUAAAAAAGAAGGGAAAAGAACGAGGGACGGAAAGAGCGAGAGAGAGAGAGAGAGAGUGAGAGGGGUAGGGGAGGAGAAACGAGGCACAUCGAUAUUCCGCUGAAAUCACAGAUUUCAUAUUUUUGGGGCGCAACUUUCGCACGCGAUAUCGGCGAUAUCGAAUGAUAUCCGCGCUAUUUAAGCUCGCAGGCAUACCCGGAACGUCGCUAACGAUAUCAUGAGAUUUCGGUGGCUCUCUUUUUCUCCAAAGCACGCUGACGAGUCAUCGGACGCGCGUCGAAUCUCCAAGACAGACAGACAGACAGACCGUAUCACCGUAUCUCUACCAAGUUAAAUUCAAUUAACGGACGGUUCAGCGAUGAGACGACCACCAUAUCCGCAUCUCCACUGCCACGUCCUCGGGAGGGACGAAAAAUAUACUCGCGAAUAUAUUCGCCGAGUGCGACGGACUAGAGUGAAAACGACUCUCACGCAACCGUGCAAGCCAGCGUUACCCUAUUGGUAUAAUAUGUAAUUGUGAUAGAGCAUUUGUAAAUUUUUCUACCGCUGAUAAUGAGUUUUUCUGUACUCCCGCGAACGUCGAAUAAAAGCCCCCGGCUCGCGCGGGGGCUGGCGCAAUGAGACUCGAAUAUUCCCUCGAUGAUUCCGCAGAGUAUAUCCUCACUGGGUGCGUGUUGUGCGCGCGUGUAUGUGUGUAAAUAUAUACAUAGUUUUAACUGGUUCCCCCCCGUGAAGUCGUUGUCACCGUAACUUCGCGCGAUUUUGUCCGAGAGAGAGAGAGAGAGAGAGAGAGAGAGAGAGAGAGGAAGGUAGAAAGAGAGAUGAGGAAACAGCGAGGACGAGGAGCACGGUGCGGCGUCCGCGGAUCUCUAUGCCCGCGUGAAGCGAAACUUCAACUCUGUAAGGUUGCAAAAACUGGUCUUCCACGUGACACUUCGUGCGACGAAGUCAUGAAACUUCUACGGCGAGAAUAGAACUAACGAAUCGGCAAAAGGCGUAUCCCUCUAAUGGAAUGGAGUAACGUGAACUUUGCCCGCGAAAAAGUUCGCGCGCUUCGAAUGAUCGAUAGGCGUAAUGUGUAAAAAAAAAAAUGGAGGAAUAUGAGUGACGGACAGAAGGAGCGAGAGAGAAAGUGAAAGAAUGAGAGUGAAAGAAUGAGAGAGAAAGAGAGAGAGAGAGAGAGAGAGUUAGGAGUGAAUAACGAGUAUCGUGUCGGCGACGGCGCAGAGUCGCACCUCUCGGGAUACGAGAAACUAAGUAAUGUCGAAUCAAUCGUCGAGUGUCUGUUUCGAUGUAUAAAAAAGGAUAAUGAUCAAGCACGAUGAUGGUUGCUCGUUAGCUAAUGUAUCGCUGUAUAUACAUAUCGUGGGAGGGUUUUAAGUUGACGACGCGGCCUCGAGAGCUGUCGUGGUGACCGGAAGAGCGGCGUUAUCGAGCAUGCCUCGUUCGAUCCUCCCGUUUAUCCUGUAUCCACGGGAAGGACGAGCGGGAGGAAAAAUUGUUCUCAUCGAUCCGCGAGAGGCCCUUCUCGCGGGGUCACGUUUACGCGAAAUAUCGUUACCCGAUAGCUCGUUCCGCCGGGAUCUUUGCAUUUUCGUAUCGCCGCGUGUCGCCGCGGUUCUCCGACGAUGACACCGGAUCUCGAUGUUCCUGAAAAGUAAUUUAAGUAAGCCGAGUACUUUUGUGCCGAGAUACGCACCGAGAGGAGAGGCGAAAUGCCCUCUUCUGAUUUCGAUCGCGAAUGCAGCAGCAGCUCAUUUAUUCACUUCGCAAUUUUUUUUUUCCUCGAAAGAGAGAGGAAGAGAGAGAGAGAGAGAGAGAGAGAGAGAGAGAGAGAGAGAGAGAGAGAGAUAAAAUCGUCCUCUUUCCUUCUUUUUCACUGCGAUUACCGAAAAGUUCGCGACGCCACAUGAUGAAUGGGAUAAUUCGGUCCAUCUUUCUUCCUUCUUCCGUUAAACACUUAUAACGAUUCUUUAAGCGCUAAUUAUCACUUCCCGGGUGACAUCGUCGGAGAAUCGACGGCCGCGGACUCGGCGGCGCGUAACUUUCACGUCCAUGAAAAUUCGUUCGAGGUGCGAGAGUGAGUGAUGCGAGAGGAGAGGACACAUUUCGUGUUAAAGCGUGCGCGCGCGCGCGCGCGCGGACUGAGAGUUAGAAUAAGACGAAGCACUACCUGUCCGUAUUCGUUUUGUAAGAGUGAGCUGGACAGGCGAGGGUCGGGGUUUAUUAACCUUUUCGUGUGUAAGAGAUCUCGUUUAGCGAGCGGCAAGGAUACUCGGCCGAAAGUAGGUACCGAAAAAACAAACAAUUCUCGGUCGGCGCGACCACCCUCAGCAACAAUCAGAUGCGAGAGCGUUGCGGGGGAAAAGCGCGAGCGCGAUCACAAGUGGACGAGAGGUAAGACAAAAGAAAAAGAGAGUGAGAGAGAGAGAGAGAGAGCGAAAUGAAACCAGUAGCGAAAUAAUCGACACAAUGUACAUAAUCGGAGAGUGCUGUGCGUAACAAGAACAACAGCAACACCGAGUCCAUGUAAAUCGAUCUGGCAGCCGCGUAAAGCCGAACCUUAAGUUCACUGUAUAGGCGAUUUCAUAUCAGAUCCAUAUCGUUUAUCUAAGUCGUAUGUAUAUACUACAACAUGUUUUGAUCUGAAUAAACUGUUUAAUUGUCCUGAA